AGUGGGCUCUAGAGGAGGCUCAUGUUGUCUCUCCGCAGGAAUGACGAGCCUCGCUCCACUCUCGUCGACAGGCGCGGAAAGGGAGACUGAAAAUAUUCAUUUGGUGGAAAUAAAGAGGAUACGAUCAAUCACUUUCGAGCAAACACCGGAGGACGUCGCCAAACUGGACAUUGUGGAGACAAAAGAAGAUUUUUAAAGGAUCUGUCAUCUUCCACUUCAAAGCUGACGUCUCCUGUAUGAGUGAUGAGGUGAUGUCUGUCGUGUUUGUCAACAAACGGCGAGUGAUAAUGGGCAUCUGGAUAUGCUUUGAAGAAAACGACUGAGGUUGCAUCGAAAAAAACGCUUAAAAUGUGACCGUUCCAGUGAGUCUCGAUCCCUCCACUUUUGUCGGAUUUGAGGAGGCGUCUACAGGGAAUCAGGGCAGUGCAUGUGUCUCGUUUUGGAGAGAGGAGGGAGCGUGAGCGCUGGAGCUGUCCGUUCAGAACCACACACACACACACAUCUGCCACCAGCGGUGCACCACAAGCCAUCAGCCUCACACCUUCUCUGGACCCCAUGGUGCGAAGCGCAAAUUUAUGACAACCUCUGCAUUCAUUUAACGUAUUUAUUUUCUCAUUUUCUCUGGAGGCAAUCCCUUAUUCACCUGACAAGAACAUCAAACGCUCAUGCGGCGAUUUCCUGCAGUUGAGCUGCCUUUGCGCACCUGUUUUUCUGCGUUUGCUCAGUUCCCUAUCUUUUUUCCGUUGCCUAACAAUUGCGCACAUGUAUCCUCCGGGUCUUUCAGCGUUGUAAUGCCUGGCCCGGGCUCGAGACAUGCCUAAGCGACGAGAUGGGCCAGGGCGACGAGAAAGACCGUGUUGUGAUUAACGUGGGAGGGAUUCGACACCAGACCUACCGCAGCACCCUGCGCACUCUCCCCGGCACUCGUUUAGCCUGGCUCGCCGAGCCCGAUGCCCACAGUCACUUUGACUAUGACGCCCAGAUCGACGAGUUUUUCUUUGAUCGCCACCCCGGAGUUUUUGCACACAUUCUCAAUUAUUAUAGGACUGGCAAGUUGCAUUGCCCCGCUGACGUCUGUGGCCCUCUUUAUGAGGAGGAGCUGGCUUUCUGGGGAAUCGAUGAGACAGAUGUGGAGCCCUGCUGCUGGAUGACGUACCGGCAGCACCGGGAGGCCGAAGAGGCACUUGACAGUUUCGGUGGAGGGCCAGCUGAAAUGGGCAACGAUGAUAUGGACACAGAAGUUUUGGGUGAUCCAGGGGAUGGAGACGAAGAACUUGAGAUGACUAAACGCCUGGCCCUCGGCGACUCAUCUGACGCGAAAGGUUCUGGCUUGUGGCAACGUUGGCAGCGUCGUGUUUGGGCGCUCUUUGAAGAUCCAUAUUCCUCUAAAUAUGCAAGGUGGGUGGCAUUUGCCUCGCUGUUCUUCAUACUGGUUUCCAUAACCACAUUCUGCCUGGAGACACACGAGGCCUUCAACCCCAUCAUUAACCGGACAUAUGUUAACCCUGUAGACAACAGCACCAGGUUUCAAUUGGAGACAGAGACGGUGGUCUACCUAACCUACAUCGAGGGAGUGUGUGUGGUGUGGUUCACCUUUGAGUUCCUCAUGCGUGUCACCUUCUGUCCAGACAAAAAGAAAUUCAUCAAAAACACCCUAAACAUCAUAGACUUUGUGGCCAUCCUGCCAUUUUACCUGGAGGUGGGCCUGAGCGGGCUGUCCUCUUCCGAAGCGAAGGACGUUCUGGGUUUCCUCAGAGUGGUGCGAUUCGUUCGGAUCCUCCGAAUCUUCAAGCUGACGCGGCACUUUGUGGGCCUGCGCGUGCUGGGACACACUCUUCGCGCCAGCACCAACGAGUUCCUCCUGCUCAUCAUCUUUCUUGCGCUCGGAGUGCUUAUCUUCGCCACCAUGAUCUACUACGCAGAGCGAAUCGGUGCCAAUCCCAAUGACCCACGUGCCAGCGAGCACACCCAUUUCAAAAACAUUCCUAUUGGCUUCUGGUGGGCUGUUGUGACUAUGACCACACUGGGCUAUGGAGACAUGUAUCCUCAGACUUGGUCAGGCAUGUUGGUGGGCGCACUGUGCGCUCUGGCGGGUGUGUUAACCAUUGCCAUGCCUGUGCCUGUCAUUGUCAAUAACUUUGGGAUGUACUACUCUCUAGCCAUGGCUAAGCAGAAGCUACCAAAGAAAAAGAACAAGCAUAUUCCCCGUGCACCCCAGCUGGGCUCACCUAAUUACUGUAAGUCUGCCAUGAACUCGCCCCACCACAGCCCACAAAGCGACCACUGCGCUCUUGCUGCCCAAGAGGAGAUUUUAGAAAUGAACAGAGCAGAUCCCAAAGUGAAUGGUGAGGCAGCUAAAGCAGCGCUGGCCAAUGAGGACUGUCCCCACAUAGACCAAGCCAUUUCCCCUGAGGACGGCCAGAUCUUUAACCCAAGCGAGCAACGGGGAGACACUCCGUGUUUUCUGCUAAACGUCGGCAGACGAUCCACAAACACGGGCACCCGAGUGAGGAAGGCCGGAAUGUUCUCAGGGAGGUCAGGGGCGGAGCCGGCCGGCCCGACGCACGGCACACAGGGUUACCCACUGCUGCAGCUAGGCUGGGCGCACAGCCCAGAAGACGGCCAUGCCAGGGUCACCACCUGAGAUCCAUCCCUGUUUCGCUGUCAUACGCUCAAACCACUCACAGCAGCCUUAGAUAAAUCAAAGGCCCCUACACGCUAUGUAGCUUUACAGGCUUUCAAUUAACGUCAGCAUAUGUAGUGACAUAAAAAACCAACACGCUUUCAUGUUAUCUCACACCUGUUCUAGUUUGACCCCUGACCCCUUCAGAUCACAUGCAGAGUUUUCCACAAUAAUUACACCACUGACAGCGACAACAUAAACCGGCCAUUUCCGAUUACUUUCAAAAGAAUAUCCCGCUACCAUCCACCAAUUUGUCAUGUGAUCAUUUUCUAACCAAUAGCGCUGUCUGUCUGUGUCUUAUGACAUGUUGCUCUGUGUGAGCAUGCUCUGUUUGACUUCAGAUCUUACCCACAGCCAAAAGCACCACAAGAAGGUCAGCAUCAACACCAAGCAGAACUACACACACUGUUCCCUACAAAUAUGUUUUUAUGUCUUUUCGUGUUAUAUUUGUAUGUGUUUGUGUAAGUUUAUGAGUGUUUUGGGAGAUGUCUGAGUGGGUGUGUGUGCAUGCAGUGCUUCAGAAUGCACUGUUCUUAUUUUUCUGUAGCAUUAUGUUGUGCAUGUGUUGGGGCAGUCCUGCGGCCUUGCUGCACUAUCUGUCCUGAUGCCUGUAUGGUAUUGGAUAAGAAAGUGAAGACUUGGUUUUGCACACAGGCAAAGAAUAUGAUGAAAUGGUGUAUGUACACCACUGACGUAUUUGACAUGCUCUUUCAUUUUGAGUCGAAACUCACAAUAAGCCAUUAGUGGAAAAAUAUGAAAAACCUUUAAGUUUGCUUAAAAGUCUCUGCUUUCAAAUGAUGUCAGUUUUAUUAUGAAAUUCAAACAGUUUGCACUUGCCUUAGUUCAAAUGAUCAUCUCUUUCUUUUUAAUAGUUGUAUGAAAACACUGAUGAACUUCGGAAGGUAUGUUGAUAUAGUAAAACUUAUUAGUAUCAUCGCUCAAGUAGUCCAAAAAAAUUUUUAAACCAUAGAAAGAAAUCAAUAAAAUGGCUUGUUUUACCUGCUAGAAAAUAAUAGAAAAAUCAAUUCAACUGUUGAUAAUUUGGAAAUUUAUUGUUAAAUAUAUGCACUAUAACAUUUUAUUUUUUCUUAAACUGUUUUUAUGACAUCCUCAUUAUUUAUUGUAUGUUUGAAUUAAUUUCCUUAAAAAAAAAAAAAACAUUGAAUUGUUUGUAAACAUAAUAAUCAGAGCUGGGUAGAUUACUUACAAAUUGUAAUCUGUUGCUGAUUCCAAAUUACGUGACAAAAAUUGUAGUUAGUAACAUAAUCCAUUACAUUACACAUUUUAGGUAAUGUAAUCAAACUACUUUUAGAUUACUUCUCUUUUUUUUAAUGUAUUGAUUUUAAUUAGGAUAAUCUAAGUGCAGUAAACAUCAUAUUAUGUCAAGGUUUCCCAAACUGACAUUUGUAAAGGAACUGCAGGGGGUUUAUGAGUUUAAUUAAAAUAAGUCAUUAUAAAAUUAUUCAAAAUAAAACACUUACUAAAAAAAUUAAAAAAAUGUUUACCCACGUUAUGUGACUAUAACUAACGUCAGAGAACCAUGAACAUGCAAAUCUGACACUUAAUUAUUAAAAUAUUUAUUUUAAAAUCUCAGGGGUUCUUUAAGUAAAUAUAAUAGGUAAAAGAGGAUCAGAUGAGAAAAAAGAUUUGUGAAUUUGUGAAUUCAUGAAUUUGUGCAUUUUAAUGUGUUUGAAAAACAAAAGCCUUCUAAAGACAUAGGAAUAUAUGGUUAAAUAACCUACAGAGUGAUAAUUCAAAUAAAAAUGAAUGUGUUCAUCAGUAGUUGAAGCAAUAUUCAGACAUUUAUUACAUCCAAAUUGUCAAAUGCUGUGUCGCAACCUAACUAAUGUGUCUUUGUGUGAAUGUCUGCAAAACUGUAGGACUUUAUGAAUGUAUAUAAGUGGUAUUUCAGGAAGGAACAUUUAAAAUAUGUGACCCUGGACCACAAAAUCAGUCUUAUGUUGCACGGGUAUAUUUGUAGCAAUAGCCAAAAAUACAUAGAAUGGGUCAAAUUUAUCAAUUUUUCUUUUUUGCCUAAAUCAUUAGGAUAUUAAGUAAAGAUCAUGUUUCAUGAAGAUAUUUUGUAAAUUUCCCACUGUAAAUAUAUCAAAACGUAAUUUUUGAUCAGUAACAUGCAUUGCUAUAAACUUCAUUUGGACAACUUUAAAGGUGAUUUUCUUAGUAUUUAGAUUUUUUUGCACCAUCAGAUUCCAGAUUUUCAAAUAGUUGUAUCUCAGCCAAAUAUUGUCCUAUCCUAACAAACCAUACAUCAGUGGAAAGCUUGUUUAUCAGAUAUUUCAGCUUUCAGAUGAUGUAUGAAUCUCAGUUUCAAGAAAUUUAUACUUAUGACUGGUUUUGUGGUUUUGUGGUCCAGUGUCACAUAUGAAAAAGAAGAAUUAGAGAGAAUUAAUAAGAUUAAUUUAAUCUAAUUACAAGUACUUAAAUAAUAGAAUCUGAUUACGUAAUCCAGAUUACAUGUAAUCAGUUACUACUCUCUGUUAAUAAUUAUACCAUUUGAAAGCAGAUCCUUUCAUUUUUUAUUGUGUUUAUGCUUAAAAUGUUUUUCUUGUCAAAAUGACUCGAAAUGAUGGUGCAAGUCAUUUAGAGACUAUGGAAAAGUGCCUGAAACUGAGAGUCUGACCCUGACAAAUCAUUGGACUGGAUUCUCGGUUGCCUUAAUUUCAAAUUGACCAGUUAAUUUAAAUUCCUAGAUUAACGAAUCUGUGAACUUCUAAAUUCUAUUUGCAACAUUUUUGCCUUGCAAUACACAGCCUUCUUUGCUUGCUCUAAUGCCAGAUUAACCAACCGAUCUUUGUGCAUGCCCUCACAGAGAUUGCAUGCGAUAUUAAACCCUUUAAACCUGACCCAUAGCAGCAAACAUGGUGUGGAGCAAACUGAGAGAGGUCAAGACGAAACCUUUGUGUCUCAGCAACUGCCAUGUGCACAUUUCUCUCCACUAAACCAAGGUUAUCAAAAGUCCCGAAGCCUGGGCACCAUAACCAGCAAGGCCCGAACACUGGCCGAGGUGGUAUCGAUGUCCACCGGGUCCUGCGGCCCACCUGUUCUCCUGCGGCGGUCCCAUUCUCCAAUCCCCUCCAUUCUCUAAG